CCCUGGGCAGCUUUUUUCUCUGCUUUUCGUUUCUAAGCCGCCGCCGGGAUGCAGGUGAAAACGCAGAGGAGCAGCUCUGAGGACGCGCCGCGAUACGCCAUGAAGAAAAAGACUUCGUGCUUCUCCAACAUCAAAAUAUUCCUGGUGGCCGAGUGUGCCCUGAUGCUGGCGCAGGGCACCGUUGGAGCCUACCUGGUGAGUGUCCUGACCACACUGGAGCGGCGCUUUAACCUGCAGAGCGCUGACGUGGGUGUAAUUGCCAGCAGUUUUGAGAUUGGUAACCUAGCCUUCAUCCUGUUCGUCAGCUACUUUGGUGCCCGAGGGCACCGGCCACGGCUGAUUGGCUGCGGGGGCAUCGUCAUGGCACUGGGGGCACUGCUGUCGGCCCUGCCUGAGUUUCUUACCAAACAGUAUGACUACACGAUCACAGAAGCAUGGCACAGGGACCUGGGGCGGAACGUGUGCUCCAACGCCUCGCGUGGGGAGAUGGACAAAGAGCAAUGCCUGAACAAAUCCAACACCAACAUGAUGUACCUCCUGCUGAUCGGUGCUCAGGUCCUGCUGGGAAUCGGAGCCACACCCGUGCAGCCUCUGGGUGUGUCCUACAUAGAUGAUCAUGUGAGGCGGAAAGACUCCUCGCUCUAUAUUGGUAUACUGUUCUCCACCAUGGUGUUCGGACCUGCCUGUGGCUUCAUCCUCGGUUCCGUCUGCACCAAAUUCUACGUGGAUGCUGUCUUCAUUAAUACAAACAAUCUAAGCAUCACCCCAGAUGACCCGGGCUGGAUUGGAGCGUGGUGGGGCGGCUUCCUCCUCUGCGGUGCUUUACUCUUCUUCUCCGCCCUCUUCAUGUUCGGCUUCCCCUCCUCGCUGUCGGAGCGGCAAGAGGGUGGGACUGAGAGUGAGCAGGCCAUGCUGCCAGCAGCUAUGGCUCAGGGCUUUGACCGAUCCAAGCCCAGCAAUGGCAUCCUGCGCAACGGCAACAGCGUGUCCUGCUGCGAUCAGCUCAGAGUUAUUCCCAAGGUGACCAAACACCUGCUGUCUAACCCCGUGUUUACCUGUAUCAUCCUGGCCGCCUGCAUGGAGAUUGCCGUGGUGGCCGGCUUUGCUGCCUUCCUGGGCAAGUACUUGGAACAGCAGUUUAACCUGACCACCGCCUCUGCUAAUCAGCUUCUGGGUAUGACAGCCGUCCCGUGUGCAUGCUUGGGCAUCUUCAUGAGCGGCUUGUUGGUAAAGAAGCUGAACCUCUCUGCACUGGGAGCUACUCGCAUGGCUAUGCUGGUCAACCUGAUCUCCACCGCCUGCUACGUAUCCUUCCUAUUUCUGGGCUGUGACACAGGGCCUGUCGCCGGGGUGACCGUCGCCUAUGGCAACGAAACUCUGCGACCAAACACAAAACCAGAAGCUGCGUGCAUCAGUAACUGUAACUGCUACACAUCAUCUGUUAGCCCUGUGUGCGGAUCCAACGGCAUAACCUACCUGUCGUCCUGUUUCGCUGGCUGCAACAGAUCCUUCAGCACUGGAGUACCUCCUCCUCUGGCUCAGAACCUGACCGGAUGUGCGUGCAUUUCUGGUGAUGGUGAGUCACCCAUAGCCGUGCCAGGGAAAUGCCCGACUCCCGGCUGCCAGAAGGCCUUUCUCACCUUCCUUUGUGUGAUCUGUGCCUGCAGCAUGAUUGGAGCCAUGGCUCAAACACCCUCCGUCAUCAUCCUCAUCAGGACUGUCAGGCCAGAGCUGAAAUCAUAUGCUCUCGGUGUUCUGUUUCUCUUACUCCGGCUGCUGGGAUUCAUCCCUCCGCCUUUGAUCUUCGGUGCAGGGAUCGACUCUACAUGCCUGUUCUGGAGUACGGAUUGCGGGUCCAGGGGCGCCUGCAUACUGUACGACAACGUGGCAUACCGGCACCUGUAUGUGAGCCUGGCCAUCGUGCUGAAGGUCAUCGCCUUCCUCCUCUACACUACCACCUGGCAGUGCUUGCGCAGGAACUACAAGAAGUACAUUAAAAAUAACGACGCCUACGUGACGUCCACUGAGAUCUUCUCCGCCGACAUGAACCUGGACAGUCUGGGCAAGGACAUGGGCCUGAACCAAGUCAACAGGACACAGUUUAUAUACAACUUAGAGGACCACGAGUGGUGCGAGAACAUGGAGUCAGUUUUAUAGUGGCCAGAACAAAGCCACUGCUUGACGCAUAAAUAUAGUUCUUUUGAAAGAUCACCUAUCUGGUGUUCAUUCUUUUUUUUUUUUCUUGUGAAAGAUAGAACUAAGAUAGUCGGAAGGGUGACAUGUUUAAGGUCCCUAUGGCCACCAUAGAGGACCGUUGCACUUUUACCCUACAUGCUAAUCGUUCGGUUGGGUCCAUGUCGUUUUUAGAAGUCAUGUCAAAGAGGCUGUUCAUCCAGUGCCAGUGAACUAUGUUGUGCUUGUUAGUCGAAGACAUCUACUAUACUCUCCAGCUGCAUCCUCUGCUGCUAACAAGCUGGGCCUAGGCUAACGAUCCAUUAGUGGACAUCUUUCAUGGACGCAGUUGCGAAAAAUGACCAGUUCUGCAUUUCCCAUUACUUGAAAGGCAUUGAAGUGAAACUGAAGUUCCGUGAAAUCUGUCAUCAGUUGUCCAGUUCUUUCUUCUUUAGGCAAAGAAGACAAAAGAAAAAAACAACAACAAAGCCGUUAUAUUAGGUACAUUUUCUGUGUUUUAGGCACGGAUGAGAACCGUCAUUCACUCUUCUUGUCUUGGUGUCUGUUUCGUCUCGGUAGCGGAGAAACUUUCGACGACUUCAAUAUCCGCACAUAUCGUGUUAACGUUGUGGCCAAGAGACUUCUUUUGCAAUAGAAACACGCUCUACAGCUCUAUCAUGAAUUUCAUAUCACUUUUUAUAGCUGCAUUGUACCAAGCCAAUAUCAGUCUUUCUCAAAACAUUUGUUUGAGCUUCAAGGUUCUUUUGACGGAUGUCCUUUUCCUAGUAGGCGCUUUAUACUGUUACUAUGUUAUUCUGCAUAGUUUAUUAAGCCCAAAAAUGUCUUAAUUGUUUGAAACAGAUAUGUUAAAUAUCUACACUGGUGCAAUAGUUUGAAGGUGUAUUUGAAAAAGCCAGAGUUUGAAAUUAAGUAAUAAUUGUUCAUUAACUUCUAUUUGUCAUUAUUAUUUUUUAUUAGAGCAAACUAUUUUGUUUGAGGAAAAAAAAAAAUGAGUUUGUUUUCCUUGUCAAUGCGACAAUGUCAGGUUGCCUAGAUGAACAUAUUGAUGUGUUUAUGAUUACAGGAUUACUGUAGAUUAUAUGAAUAUAUGGAAUAUGGAAAAAGAAGAAAGCAUGAAGUGGAGAUAAAGCAGAGAAAGCAGAGGCAGGACUUUGUCUUAAAGUGGCAGUGAUUCUGAACCUCUGUUCAUGCAGUCUUGCUCAUUCAAACUAGUCCAUGUUGUGGUCAGGCAGAGCUGUCUAGGGCUCCUCCCUGGGGGCAAAGAAAUCUGACUUCACAGAUAUUGAAGCUGUUUUGGUCAAGACCUCAUUAUACGAGGAGCCUGUUAGGCAAGACUAAAGGGACUAGAAUUUAUCUGAUUGAAUUUUUGUUUUCAGCCAGAAAGUGAACUCAGUACUUAUCUAGCUAAUCCAAAUUGAUCUGAGAAAAGCCCAUCUAACAUCAUUUAAGCUUUCCCUUAAAUGGGAGUCAUUUCUUUUGCCAUUUUUAGGACCAAUCAGCAUGAUGCAUUUGACAACGAGGUGGUUCACUUAGUGGCAUCGACUAAAUAAAAAAAAUAAUACAAAAAUCAGAUAUUGAGCUUUUUCUCAGGGUCUCUCUUGAGAUCCCUACAUACUCAAAUAGUUCACUACUGGGGAAUUACUAACUAGGGCAGACCCCAGGCUUUAGACUGAGCCCCACUUUUAGAACAUUUUCUAGACAAAAGAGCAAAAAAGAAAUAAUGUAUUCUUUACGAUAUAGAACGUGAAAUCAGACUCACUGCAGCUUUUGAAGUCUGUUGCAUCUGCAUGUGGAAAAAAAGCCAUGGUAUGAGGAUUUUUGUUUUUUGCUUGAGAGAUUUUGAUGCCAGAUACUGAUGCAUACAGGUUAUCCCUUUUGAAUGAAACUAGUCAUAUGAUUGAUAUAAACUGUACAUCAUUGAAAACCUAUUUAAGGCUUAAUAGCACACUCAUUUUGUUUUACUGAUAAAGGUCUCUCUGCAGUAUAAGCAUAAGUAGGAUCCUUUUCAUAUACUUUUUGUAUGGCAGAUAACUUUUAUUUUAUUCUGCAAAUAAAUUAUUUUUUAGAAAACG